GACCCAGAGAUCGAACCCACAUCACCUCGAUGACCUGUAUCAGCAGGCAGAUUCCUUACCACUCAGUCACCUGGGAAUCUACAGUUGCAGGUUAAACAGCUGCAUGGAUGCCUUUGAAGGUAUUUUCUCAAGAUGCAGAUGUGAGUUUGCGACGUAACAUCCCCAGAGAAGACGCAGAGCAGGAGGAAGAAGAGGAGGAAAUGGCAGCUUCUCAGGGGCUGCUGACAUUCCAGGAUGUGACCAUAGAUUUCACUCAAGAGGAGUGGGAAUGCCUGGACCCCGGUCAGCGGGAAUUGUACAGGGACGUGAUGUUAGAGAACUACGGGAAUCUGGCCUGCUUGGGUCUUGUGGUCUCUAAGCCGGACCUGGUCAAGUUUCUGGAGCAAAUGAAGGAUCCCUGGGAUGUAAGGAGAAUGGAGACAGCCAUACACCCAGCUGUGUCUUCUCACGACACCCAGGGUUUGAGGACCCAAAAGCCAGGCUUAGAAGAUUUACUCCCAACAGCAAAGCUAGGAAUAUAUGAAAGAUUUCACCUUGCAAAUUUACAUUUAACCAACGACUGGGAAUCUAUGAGGGCAUAUAAAGAGCGGAGAGCAUGUUAUGAUGGACACAACCAAGUUGGUUCUGUUUCCCAUAAAGUAAACAUUCCCAUCAAAAGAAAUCAAGGAUGUGAAUCAAAUAAGGAAAAACCAAUUUCAGGUGACCACUUUCAGUCAUCAACAUGUGCAGAUAAGUGGAUAUUUGUCAGGAAAAAUCCACAUCAUCUCUUGAAACAUACAUGUUCUCUGAAGGGAAAUGAGGAAAAUUUGGAAAGUCAUCUAGUCUCUACUGCAAAUACUCAUUCAAACCUAUACUCUGAGCAUAGGUGUCUAUUAAAUAUACAUUCAAACAUGUCUGGAAACGAGAAAGUUAAAAAUGAGGGGGAAAAUCCCAAAUACAAUCAAUUUGAGGGAUCCUUUAACAAGGGUUUCUUGUUCUUCAACCAGCAACUAUUUUCUCCUUGUUGCAAAAUCUGUAAUGUUGAAAAUAAUGGGAGAGACCUUAUUCAACCAUCAUUGGUCAAUACAUAUGGAGGUAUAAUUAGUGCGGAACAACUUUCCAAGUGUAACAAAAUGAGGAAUGCUGUAAGCAGGAGCUCUACCCCCAACAAAUACAAGCCACAGAGCACCAAGCUGCGCUCCCUGUGGUAA